GAAAAGCUAGCUCGCGAAGAAAAGUACACCCGGGCUGCUUUGCACAAAAUCAACGCCCAAUGGAUGGCCAUCAUGCGCGAUGCCAAGAGCGAUGAGCUUAAGCGGGAGAUUGAGAUUCUGGCACAGACCUUUGAACGGGUGCUUGAUCGCAAGGAAGCGGUCUUGCAAGCCUGCAUUCAGGAGCUUAAUGAAGCCGAGAAACAGGCGCGCCUGCUCCUUCAAAUCGCUACCCGCUCGCACAUGAAGACGCUGGACCGCGUUGUGGAGUUUCAUCGUGAAACAGUCGAUCAUCUUCACGGCGACUUUACCCGUGACCUUGAGGCCCUUCGCCGCGAAUUCAUGCAAGAGCGCAAGCACAUUUUGGGCUUGCACCAGCAAGACAUGGCCAAGUUGAAGGACAUUGUGUAUGCCAUGGACAUUAGCAACGACGACAAGGUUCACGCAGAGGAAUCUGAAUUUGCCAGCCGUCGAGACGAGCUGCGCUCAAACAGCCUAGACCAAAAGACUUCUCUCAAAGCCAAUCUCGAAGGCCAAAUCAAGGAGCUGUGGGAUGAGUUCCAAGCUGCUCUUCAGCAUUACGAGACCUCAACAGCGGAGAAGCGGGCAGAGUUUGAACGCUUGCGAGCCGAGGACUCAAAGGCGGCCGCCACUAUUGAAAGCCAGAUGAAAAAGUUGGCCAACUUGCGCGAGAAAAUUGCAGCCUUGAAGCAGCGCCUCGCGUCUCUUUCGUCUGGUACCGAUGAUCGAAACACGGAGCUCACCAAGGAAAAGGCGGCCAUUACUGAGCAGGCACAUGCUCUCAAGGCUCGCCUCAAGCGCACCCGCGAACGGGACCGCCGGGCGCUGGCGACCAUUGCAGUGCAAGCCAAGGAGUGUGAGCAAAAGUUGCAGGCCAAACUUGAGGCAGCUCGCAAAGUCUUGUCUUUGGCCGAAGUUUGCCGCAAACUUGAAUCAGAUGAAGAAAAGGUUUUGCCGUUUUAUGCAGACACAAUCACAGAUGAUGAAGUCGAGCGCUUGCAGAAUGAAGCCGCGGAGACAACGCAGGCGGAUGCAGCUACCAUUGUUGCCGUCGCCUACGACCGCAGAAAUCGCCGCAUCCAUACCUACGAGGCCUUGUCCAACUUUUGGAAGCGGUACAACAAAGUUCUUCUCGACAAACUGGCAGUCGAGCGCGAGCGCGCCCUGCUUGAGGAAGAAAACACGGAGCUGCGUAACAUUCUCAAGCAGUAUCUGGAUGGUAUCUCUGUCAGCGAGGAGGUUUUGGCCCAGGACAACACGUUGCUCAUUGUCAAUGGCCGCACCAAUGCGCCUAUGAACGUGCCAGUUGGAGACUCGCGCGUGGCUCGGGCACAACCCACCGUGGUCGAAGCCAGUCAUGCUCUUCGCACCACUCUUCGUGGUGCCCGUUAA